GCCUCCUGCAGCCUUUGGGCUGACGUGUCUGCAGUUCCUCGGCGGCUCCACGAACUCGGCGGUGAUGGCGGACGCCUGGGAAGAGAUCAGGCGGUUGGCGGCUGACUUCCAGCGGGCGCAAUUCGCAGAGGCCACGCAGAGGUUGUCAGAGAGGAACUGCAUUGAGAUUGUGAAUAAACUGAUAGCUCAGAAACAGCUAGAAGUAGUUCACACCCUUGAUGGGAAGGAAUACAUUACACCAGCCCAGAUUAGUAAAGAAAUGAGAGAUGAGCUACAUGUCCGAGGUGGUCGAGUUAACAUUGUUGAUUUGCAACAGGUAAUUAAUGUGGACCUGACUCAUAUUGAAAAUAGAAUUGGUGACAUUGUUAAAUCAGAAAAGCAUGUUCAAUUAGUGUUGGGACAACUGAUAGAUGAGAACUAUUUGGAUCGGUUAGCCGAAGAGGUCAAUGACAAAUUGCAAGAAAGUGGUCAGAUAACCAUAUCAGAAUUAUGUAAAACAUAUGAUCUUCCUGGAAACUUUCUGACACAGGCACUAACACAGAGACUGGGUAGAAUUAUUAAUGGACACAUUGAUCUUGAUAACAGAGGAGUAAUUUUUACUGAAGCUUUUGUAGCUCGACAUAAAGCACGUAUUCGUGGACUAUUCAGUGCCAUCACCCGACCUACAGCCGUGAAUUCCUUGAUUGCAAAAUAUGGAUUUCAGGAGCAGCUUCUUUACUCUGUGCUUGAAGAACUUGUUAAUAAUGGACGCAUACGAGGCACUGUGCUUGGUGGGAGACAGGAUAAGGCAGUGUUUGUUCCUGACAUCUACUCCAGAACACAAAAUACUUGGGUGGAUUCCUUUUUCAGACAGAAUGGCUACCUGGAAUUUGAUGCCUUAUCCAGACUUGGAAUCCCAGAUGCUGUGAGCUACAUAAAGAAAAGAUAUAAGACUACACAACUUCUGUUUUUGAAAGCAGCCUGUGUUGGUCAUGAACUUGUGGAUCAGGUGGAAGCAUCAGUAGAGGAAGCCAUCAGCUCUGGAACAUGGGUUGAUAUUGCACCUCUGCUACCCAGUUCUUUAUCAGUUGAAGAUGCUGCAAUGUUGCUUCAACAGGUGAUGAGAGCAUUCAGCAAACAGGCAUCAGCUGUAGUCUUUAGUGACACUGUUGUAGUCAGUGAAAAAUUUAUAAAUGACUGUGCAGAAUUGUUUAAUGAACUGAUGCACCAAAAAGCUGAAAAGGAAAUGAAAAAUAAUCCUGUGCACUUAAUCACUGAAGAAGAUCUAAAACAAGUCUCCAUUUUGGAAGGCAUUAAUACAAAUAAAAAGGAUAAAAAAGAUGAACGGAGGAGGAAAGCAACAGAGGGCAGUGGAAGUGUUAGAGGAGGAGGUGGUGGCAAUGCCAGAGAGUACAAAAUUAAGAAAACCAAGAAGAAAGGAAGAAAAGAUGAUGAUAGUGAUGAUGAGUCGUCUCACUCAGGAAAAAAGAAACCAGAGAUCACUUUUAUGUUCCAGGAUGAGAUUGAAGAUUUUUUAAGAAAACGCAUACAAGAUGCUCCUGAGGAGUUGAUUUCUGAACUUGCUGAGUAUUUGAUAAAACCUCUUAAUAAGACUUACCUUGAGGUGAUACGCUCAGUAUUCAUGUCUUCAACCUCCUCUGCCUCUGGAACUGGCAGAAAACGCACAAUUAAGGACUUACAAGAGGAGGUUUCAAACCUAUACAAUAAUAUUCGGUUAUUUGAAAAAGGGAUGAAGUUUUUUACAGAUGAUACACAGACUGCUCUUACCAAGCACUUGCUGAAGACAGUGUGUACUGAUAUCACUAAUCUCAUUUUCAACUUCUUGGCUUCGGAUUUAAUGAUGGCAGUAGAAGAUCCUGCAACAAUUACAAGUGAAGUAAGAAAAAAAAUUUUAAGUAAAUUAUCAGAAGAAACUAAAGUAACUCUCACAAAACUCCAUAGCUCUUUGAAUGAAAAGAGCAUAGAAGACUUUCUUUCUUGUCUGGAUUCUGCAGCAGAAGCUUGUGAUAUUAUGAUGAAAAGAGGAGACAAAAAAAGGGAAAGGCAACUACUGUUCCAGCAUAGACAAGCACUGUCUGAACAGCUGAAAGUCACAGAAGACCCUGCUCUUAUUCUGCAUCUCACGUCAGUCCUAUUAUUUCAGUUCUCAACCCACAGCAUGCUCCAUGCACCUGGAAGAUGUGUCCCACAGAUCAUUGCUUUUCUUAAUAGCAAAAUUCCAGAGGAUCAGCAUACUCUUUUGGUAAAGUAUCAAGGUUUGGUUGUAAAACAAUUAGUUAAUCAAAAUAAGAAGAUUGGGCAGGGAGAUGACCCCUUGAAAGAUAAAUUAGACAAAGAACAAGAAGAUGAUAUCAAUACUACCCGAAAAGAGCUCCAAGAACUUUCUUCAUCCAUCAAAGACCUUGUUCUCAAAUCCAGGAAAUCAUCUGUGACAGAAGAGUAAUGAUUUAGUUUACUUUUUUCAUAUAGUAAGCAUUUUCCCCAAAUUAAAGAUGAAUACUUACAAAACAGUAUUCAUAACUCCCUGACCUCAUCCCAAUAUGCCCUUCCCCCCAUACACAGUUCAGUUAAAACAAUAGUGCUGUAUUCAUUGUAAAUCUUAUAUAAAUGUAAAUUUUUGUAAAUUGGGUUCUCCAUGGGAGGUUUCUUUUUCACAUUAUAAUUAUAAAAAUUAUACUUUUUAAGUUUACUUCUCUCUAGAUACUGUAAUGCAGAAUAAAUUUUCUGAUGCCUUUUAUCUCUAGUAAAGGACUCAUUCAUUGUGUUAAUAGAUUCUAAUGAUAUUUAAAUACAUUAGGCAGAAAUUUAAAAUGUCAUGUUUUAUAAAAAAAGAUACCCCUUUGAUGUCAAAAUUGAAAGUGGGAUAUUUUAUUUUAUAAUUAAUAGAGAAUGCUGCAAAGCUAAAAUGUGUUUCUUAAUACUAAACCCUUGACCUCAUUUCUGACAUUUAGAGGGCGUUCCAUUUCUCCCACUGAAAAACUUUUAUAUGCUUGGGCAUUUUUGAUAUAUCUUUACAGGUACAGAACACCAGAAGGCCGUGCAUUGCUAUACUUUGUUCCAAAAUAAGAUGCUAAUACUUAAAUUCAAGUAUUUUUCUUUAAUCCAGCUUGUAUUUCUGAAUUUAUUGUUUUAUACAACUAAUGAUCCUAACGCCUAUUACUUUGUUGUAGGGGAAUCCAUAAGUAUGUCUGAAUUGUUGGAACUUUUUUUUCCAAAAAUGAAAGAAACCCCUUAUAAAACAUAGGUUUCCUUGUUCUAAAAAUUAGUAGUUAAGGCCCUCCCUGGUGGCGCAGCGGGUUAAAGCACAGCACUGAGAAG